AGGCCCCGCCUCCCGCCCCCUUGCGCAGCCAAUGGGAGGCGGGCCCCGCGCGGGGGUUGCCGCGGGGACGGGCGGCGGGCGCGCCGUGCCCGCGGCAGCGAUGGAGCCGCGCCUGGCACGCGUGGAUUACCUGCAGGUGGGAGUCACGGCGCAGAAGACGAUGAGGCUGCUGCCCGCCUCCGGGAGGAAGGCCACGCAGAAGGUGGUUGUUGGAGAUCAGGAUGGGGUCGUUACGUGUUUUGGCAUAAAAAAGGGUGAAGCUGUGCCAGUGUUCAAGACACUACCAGGACAAAGGAUCUCCAGAUUGGAGCUGGGAGGAGCUCUUAAUACACCACAAGAGAAAAUUUUUGUGGCUAUAGGAUCUGAAGUCAGAGGUUUCACAAAAAGAGGGAAGCAGUUUCUUUCCUUUGAAACUAACCUUACUGAAAGCAUCAAAGCUAUGUACAUCUCAGGAGCAGAUCUCUUUCUCUGUGCCAGCUACAUCUAUAACCAUUACUGUGACUGCAAGGACCAGCACUACUUCCUAUCAGGAGAUAAAAUCAACGAUGUUCUCUGCCUUCCUGUAGACAGAGUGAACUGCAUCACACCGGUGCUCGCGUGUCAGGACAGAGUGCUCAGGGUGUUACAGGGAUCUGAUUUGCUGUAUGAAGUAGAACUUCCUGGACCACCUACUGUUCUUGCUCUGAGCAAUGGAAAUGGGGGUGACUCUGGGGAAGAAAUUGUGUAUGGGACUUCUGAUGGGAAAUUGGGUCUCACCCAGAUUACUGGUACCAAGGCAGUACCAAGGUGGGAAAUUGGAAAUGAAAAGAAGAGAGGAGGUAUUCUGUGCAUUGAUAGUUUUGACAUUCUGGGAGAUGGAGUUAAGGAAUUACUUGUUGGACGAGAUGAUGGAAUGAUAGAGAUUUAUAACUUUGAGAGUGCUGAUGAUCCUGUCCUUCGACACGAUUAUGCUUUAUCAGAGAGCAUUGCAUCAAUCCAGGGUGGCUGUGUGGGAAAAGAUGGCUAUGAUGAAAUUUUAGCAGCAACAUACUCAGGCUGGCUGACAGGACUGACUACAGAACCUGUCCAUAGAGAAGGUGGAUCAGGUGAAGAACUAAAAUUAAGUCAAGAAAUGCAGAACAAGAUUUCAUCCUUAAGGAAUGAGUUGGAGCAAUUGCAGAUAAAAGUACUUCAGGAACGGGAGAAAUACCAGCAGGCCUCUCACUCCAGCACUGCAGUCUCCUCAGUACCUGCCUUCAGUGUCAAUGACAAGUUCACACUGAACAAGGAUGAUGCCAGCUACAGCCUCAUCUUGGAGGUGCAGACAGCCAUAGAUAAUGUCCUGGUGCAGAGUGAUGUCCCACUAGACUUGCUGGAUGUGGAUAAAAAUUCUGCUGUUGUUAGUUUUAGCAGCUGUGAUUCUGAGCCAAAUAGCAACUUUCUUCUUGCAACUUACAGAUGCCAAGCAAAUACUACAAGACUUGAACUUAAGGUGCGCUCGAUCGAAGGACAGUAUGGGACACUUCAAGCAUACAUAACUCCCAGAAUCCAACCAAAAACCUGUCAAGUUCUUCAAUAUCAAAUUAAGCCACUUUCACUUCAUCAGAGAACUCAUUCUAUUGACCAGGACAGGCCCAUGAAUACAUUGAUGCUCAAAGGCCAGUUCAGUUUUGCUGAAAUUCACUCCUGGGUUGUGUUUUGCUUGCCUGAGGUGCCUGAAAAGACUCCUGCUGGAGAGUGCAUCACCUUUUAUUUUCAGAACACUUUCCUGGGAACACAGCUUGAAAGUACCUACAGAAAAGGUGAGGGAUAUUUUAAAUCUGACAACAUCUCUACAAUAUCCAUCCUCAAAGAUGUGCUUUCCAAAGAGGCUACUAAAAGGAAGAUUAAUCUCAACAUAUCAUAUGAUGUAAAUGAGGAAUCUGUGAGGCACACAUUAAAGCUUAUCCACCCUAAAUUAGAGUAUCAGCAGCUGCUGGCCAAGAAGGUGCACUUAAUAGAUGCUUUGAGAGAGUUACAAGUUCAUGAAGGCAGCGUGGACUUCCUGCUCCCAAAAUACCGCAGCAUUUUGGAAGAGGCAGAUCAGCUGCUGGAGGAAUACAAGAGACAACCUGCACAUCUCGAGAGACUUUAUGGUAUGAUCACAGAUCUCUUCAUAGAUAAAUUUAAAUUUAAAGGCACCAAUGUGAAAACCAAAGUUCCUCUCCUUCUGGAAAUUCUGGAUGGCUGUGAUCAAGAUGGAUUGAUCGCUUUUUUUGAUGCUGCCUGACAAGGAAAAAGCAGAGUAAUUUUUCUGGUUUUAACCAAGGCAUUUUGGUAUCAAGUCAAAAACACUUUUAGUCUUUUGUUGUACUGUCAGCUCUUAGGUUUUAUUAAUAUUUAUUAUCAUAUCGGAUACAGUAGGAAACUUCACAUAAACUGUUGUGUAUGUUAACUGUGUGCAGAGGUUUUAUGUCCCGUGUUAAUAGCUCAAGAAAGAUCAGAUGUAAAUACCAAAUAUCCUUUUGGGAAAAAUGUUUUCACUACUGUUUAAGAUGACAUGGAGUAGCCUGUGUUCCCUACAGGAAUGGAUGAAGAAACUGGUUUCCAGGGACUUGGAUGGAUUUGGAAUAAAUCUCUGUGUUUAAGCUCUA